CACUCCCUUUAACGCACACCAGCGCACCACAAAAAAAAAACAAAAAAAACAAACGCACUCUAAACGCAAACACAAACAACAUCGUCAUCGUACGAUGAAACGUCCAAAUUCCUAACAUGAGUGUGCUGAAGUUGUGAAAUAGUCGAGUCAUAAUCGUCAAAACCCGCAAGAUAAAGCACCCUAACACCGGACGCCCGGAGUGCAUUCCUUAUUUACACGGGAUUUUAUAAUACCUCAACCGUUUUGCAGUUUAUCUGCUGGGUGUGUUAUCGCAAGCGAUACCAGCAAGUGCGGUUCGGGGAACGUUAACGUUUUGUGCGUUGCAGCAAAUUAACAUUCAGUUCCGACCCGUCAUCACCGUCAUCAUGGAAAGUAAGAGUGAGUUGGUAAAGAUUGCCGGUGCCGUACUACUGCCCCAGCUGGGCGGAUUCGUGAAUGGUAAGCUGACCCGGAACGAGAUUACCGGUUGGUACAACCAACUCAGCUUCCCAUCGUUCCGACCACCGAACUGGCUGUUCGGUCCCGUGUGGGUAUCCCUGUACACCGGUAUGGGAUACGCUUCAUAUUUGGUUUGGAAGACGGGCGGUGGCUUUGGCGGACCAGCACGCAUUCCACUGAUGCUGUACGGUACCCAGCUCGCACUGAACUGGGCCUGGACACCUAUCUUUUUCGGCAUGCAUCAACUCAAAUGGAGCGUGGUAGAAAUUGUCGCCCUUACCAGCUCGGUAGCAGCGACCGGAGUGGCCUUUUACAACAUAAACAAGCUGGCGGGAUACCUGUUCAUACCCUACUUUGCCUGGUGCGCCUUUGCGAGCGUACUCAACUACAGUAUCUACAAGCUGAACACCCCAUCGACGGCAACAAUCGAAGAAGUUACUGACGAUUCAAAGCAAAAGUAGGAAGGGAUGCUUCGUUCAACAAUCGACUACCUCCCAUCAACCUGUAGGUGGCUUCACAUCACAAUCAUUUACAAUCAUGGUUUUUGUAAGAAUAUAAACGGGAUGUGCAUUCCCAUUCUAUUGCCCAAAUCAUGUGUCGGAUGUGUGUUCCCAUUGUCUUCGCUGUUUAAAUAUUUUGCAUUCAUAAAUAUACAAUAAGAUACAUUCACAAAAUUA